AUGGCGGAACGCGGAGCGGCGAGCGCCGGCCCCGGAGGCCCCGGAGGCGUCGGCGGCCAGCGGGGCUCCGGGGCCGCCGCCGCCCAGUCCCCGCCGCUGCCGCCGCCGCCUCAGCCGCUGCAGCCGCCGCCGCCGCAGCCUUCGCCUCAGCCGCCGCCGCAGCCGCAGCCGCCGCCGCAGCCGCCGCCCCCCCGGCCCGCCGCCGCCGCCUCGGCCGCCUCCGCCGCGCCCGCCUCGGCCGCCGCCGCCGCCCACGCCGCCCCCGCCGCGCCCCCGCCGCCCCCCGCCGCGCCCGGCCCGGCCCGCAGCGCCGCGCCCGUGCAGAUGAACCUGUACGCCACCUGGGAGGUGGACCGCGGCUCGGCCAGCUGCGUGCCCAGGCUAUUCAGCUUGACUCUGAAGAAACUUGUCAUGCUCCGAGAGAUGGACAAAGACCUCAAUUCGGUGGUCAUCGCAGUGAAACUGCAGGGUUCAAAGAGGAUUCUCCGCUCCAACGAGAUCCUCCUUCCCGCAAGCGGACUGGUGGAAGCUGAGCUCCAGCUCACUUUCUCCCUCCAGUACCCUCAUUUCCUGAAGCGAGACGCCAACAGGCUGCAGAUCAUGCUGCAAAGGAGGAAGCGCUACAAGAACCGGACCAUCCUGGGCUACAAGACUCUGGCCGUAGGGCUCAUCAACAUGGCUGAGGUGAUGCAGCACCCAAACGAGGGCGCCCUGGUGCUGGGCCUGCAUAGCAACGCCAAGGAUGUGUCGGUGCCUGUGGCUGAGAUCAAGAUCUACUCUCUGUCCAGCCAGCCCAUUGACCACGAGGGCAUCAAGUCCAAGUUGUCAGAUCGGUCUCCGGAUAUCGACAACUACUCAGAGGAAGAGGAGGAGAGUUUCUCAUCGGAGCAAGAGGGUAGCGAUGAUCCACUGCAUGGACAGGACCUGUUCUACGAAGAUGAGGAUUUGCGCAAGGUCAAGAAGACCCGGAGGAAACUCACCUCUGCCUCUGCCAUCACCAGGCAACCCAACAUCAAGCAGAAGUUUGUGGCCCUCCUGAAGCGAUUCAAGGUGUCUGAUGAGGUGGGCUUUGGAUUGGAGCACGUAUCCCGAGAGCAGAUCCGGGAGGUGGAGGAGGACCUGGAUGAGCUGUACGACAGUCUGGAGAUGUACAACCCCAGUGACAGCGGUCCUGAGAUGGAAGAGACAGAGAGCAUCCUCAGCACACCAAAGCCCAAGCUCAAGCCCUUCUUCGAGGGGAUGUCGCAGUCCAGCUCGCAGACAGAAAUCGGCAGCCUCAACAGCAAGGGCAGCCUCGGCAAGGACACCACCAGCCCCAUGGAGUUGGCUGCUUUAGAAAAAGUCAAAUCAGCUUGGAUUAAAAAUCAAGACGACAGUUUAACGGAAGCAGACACUCUGGACCUCACAGAUCAGGACAUGUUUGGGGACCUAAGCACCAGCCUAGUGGUGCCCGAGAAGGUGAAAACGCCCCUGAAGUCCAGCAAAACAGACCUGCAGGGCUCUGCCUCCCCCAGCAAAGUGGAAGGGGUACAUACACCCCGGCAGAAGAGGGGCACCCCACUGCGGGAGCGGCAGCUCUCCAAGCCUCUGAGCGAGCGGACAAACAGCUCCGACAGCGAGCGCUCUCCCGACCUGGGCCACAGCACACAGAUUCCCCGGAAGGUGGUCUACGACCAGCUAAACCAGAUCCUGGUGUCGGAUGCAGCCCUGCCCGAAACCGUCAUCCUGGUGAACACUGCUGACUGGCAGGGCCAGUAUGUUGCUGAGCUGUUACAGGAGCAGCGCAAGCCUGUGGUAUGCACCUGCGCCACUGUGGAGGUCCAGGCCGUGCUGGCCGCCCUGCUCACCCGAAUCCAGCGCUACUGUAACUGCAACUCCUCCAUGCCCCGACCCGUCAAGGUGGCAGCUGUGGGCAGCCAGAGCUACCUGAGCGCCAUCCUCCGCUUUUUUGUCAAGUCCCUGGCCAGCAAGACCUCUGACUGGCUCAGCUACAUGCGCUUCCUCAUCGUUCCCCUCGGCUCCCACCCUGUGGCCAAGUACCUGGGCUCUGUGGACAGUCGUUACAGCAGCUCCUUCCUGGACACGGGCUGGAGGGAGCUGUUCGGCCGCUCAGAGCCUCCAGUGUCAGAGCAACUGGACGUGGUGGGCCGGGUGAUGCAGUACGUCCACGGGGCGGCCGUCACCUUCCAGUUACCCGUGGCCGAAGCCAUGCUGACGUGCAGGCAUAAGUUCCCCGACGAGGACUCGUACCAGAAAUUCAUCCCCUUCAUCGGCGUGGUGAAAGUGGGUCUGGUUGAGGAUUCCCCUUCCACUACAGGUGAUGGGGAUGACGUGCCUGUGGUCAGCCUCACGGUGCCGUCCACAUCGCCACCCUCCAGCUCAGGCCUGAGUCGUGAUGUCACUGCCACGCCGCCCUCCUCGCCGUCCAUGAGCAGCGCCCUCGCCGUGGUGGGGAGCCCAAGUAGCCCGUACGGCGAUGUGAUUGGGCUGCAGGUGGACUACUGGCUGGGCCACCCUGGGGAGAGGCGGAAAGAAGGUGACAAAAGGGACUCCAGCUCCAAGAACACCCUCAAGAGCGUCUUCCGCUCAGUGCAGGUCUCCCGGUUGCCCACAAUGGGAGAGACCCAGCCUUCAGGCACCAUGGCCAUGACCGUGGUCACCAAAGAGAAGAACAAGAAAGUGCCCACCAUCUUUCUGAGCAAGAAGCCCCGUGAGCGCGAGGUGGACUCCAAGAGCCAGGUCAUCGGGGGCAUCAGCCGCCUCAUCUGUUCAGCCAAGCAGCAGCAGACCAUGCUCAGAGUGUCCAUAGACGGUGUUGAGUGGAGCGACAUCAAGUUCUUCCAGCUGGCAGCCCAGUGGCCCACCCACGUCAAGCACUUCCCCGUGGGACUGUUCGGUGGCAGCAAGGCCACCUGAGGGCACACACCUCCUGCCCGGCACUGCCACAAGCCUCACCACCUGCCGCAGGGGUAGACCUGGCCCACUCGGCCCAUCGGACACUGCCACGAGGGGUGUAGACCCCCUCUGCCACCUGCCCUCACCAAGGCCUCUGCGUUCUGCCCAGGAGUGGCCUAGAUUGAGUGGGGGCUGCCCUCCCGGACCUGCUACACUGGUGGUCUGGCUGGGUGAAGGAAAGUUGAGCACCCAGCAGGAGUCCCAAGAAACUGCCGGGUGCCAUUCGGCCUAA